AAAGGCGUCCUGUCUGCAAUGUUUUGAAACCACACGCGCAUGCGCAGUGAGAGGAUAGGCGGUGUCCUGAAGACAUAGCCGUCAAUAAACAAGGAGAUUUAAAGGGUGAGCUGUCACACGAAAGCGAAACCAGCUGGACAAACAGGGAAAACGAGAAAAAAUUAAGAGGAGUGUACGACGAUGCUGAGAGAUGCAGCAUGUCUCUAAAAGGAACAUCAAUCCCCGUGCUGCUGGAGAAGAAGUCGUUUCCUUGUUAUCCAUCAGGAAUGGAGUACCGGAGCUGAACUUCACAGAGAUGCUCCCUACAGAGAUGAGUGUGAAGAUCUUCAGCGAGCUGGACGUGAGGAGCCUGUGUCACGCCUCGGUCACCUGCAAGCACUGGAACCUGAUCAUCGAGGGCAGCGAUAACCUGUGGAGGAGCCACUGUCUGAGCGCGCUGGCCGUCUCCCACAGGGAGGUGGACGGGGACCGGAGCAACGGACUGUCCUGGAAGGUGACUCUGGUUCGUAAUUACCAGAAGAGCUGUGUGAAAAGAAGAUGGCUGAAAGGAAAGUACAGCAACAUCCGCUGUGUUGAAGAUCUGCCCCCGAACAGCAUGUGCUCUCUGGAUGUAGAGACCUGGGGAGAGAUCCUGGAGGCAGAGCUGGAGAGAUAAACCGCCGAACACAGACUUUUGCGCUGGUGAUGAACCGCUGUAAGGACUUUCUGCUGAGCACAAACAUGUCUUCUGAAGCACAAAAAAAAAAAACUGAAUUGAUUGUAAAUGUUUUUAAAAAAUAAGAUUUUAUGAUGGAAAUGAAUUGAAUGUCGUCGUUGCUGGAUGUUGAUAAGAAAUUAUCUUAUUCGUGCAGUUAAUCCGGACAGACAUUUUUUAUUUCGAAGGUCAGAAAAUUGUCAGAAAGGACGGAUGGAAUUGUAGAUCAGAGAUUUCAGCAAACAUUUUCCAGCAAAUAAGGUGAAUACGUUUCAUACUGUUAAAUCAACAAGGAAAAUUUUUAAACAUUUUUUUUGUACUGUUUGUGACUGAAAUCAUUAUGUAAUAAUAAUAUUAUAUUAUAUAUUAUUAUUAUUAUUUAUUAUUACAUAUAUAUUAUUAUUAUUAUUAUUACCAUUAUUUUAGCACUUUUUAAAAAAUGUAAUAUAUUACCUGUAUGUUAAAUUCUUAAGCUAAUCAUCAUGUCUAAUGUUGUCACUCAUAUUGUUGUGCCAAUUUAAUGCAAAAAAGGACAUAAAACAAAAAAACAAUACCCUCUGCUGCUUGCUCUUUCAUUUCCUUUUCAUAAACUUCAAAACUCAAACCAGAAUAAACCAAUUAUAUAAAGAUAA